AUGGUUUAUUAUUUUACAGCUAAAACUACAACUUCAACAAACAAUGAAUUAUCAGAUUUCACAUUAGAUGGUUAUGAAGAUGAAAAUACAAUUACUACACAUAUAAUAUAUAUGGGAAAAGAUAAAUUUGAAAAUGAUCCAUUAAUUAAAAAUUCAAACCCCAAAAAUAUUUGGUUUCAUGUUGAUAAUCAUUCAUCAGCUCAUUUAUAUUUACAAUUAACUCAAGAACAAAUAUUGGAAUGGAAAUCAUUUGAUAAUUUCAAAAUUGAUGAAUAUUUAUUAUUACAAAUAUGUCAAUUAACUAAAUCAAAUUCAAUAAAAGGAAAUAAAUUAAAUAAUAUAAGUAUAUGUUACACACCAGUUGAAAAUUUAUAUACUGAUGGAUCAAUGGAUACAGGGACAGUUACUUUCAAAAAUAAUAAACAAGUUAAAAGAUAUAAUAUAGCUAAGAGGGAUAAUAGUAUAAUUAAUAAAUUAAAUAAGACAAAAAUUGAAAAAUCAACAGAAGAAUUCUUAAAAGAACAAGAUUUAUUUAAUAGAGAACUCAUGAAUGAACGAAAAAGAUUAGAAAGAGAAUCAAAAGAAUUAGAAAAACAAUAUUCAAAUCAAAAAUUAAAAAAUUCUGAUCCAUAUGGUGAUUUAUUUACUAAAGAAAAUUUAGAAAAUAGUAGUAAUGAUAGAAGGAAAGAAAAUUGGGAUGAAGAUGAUUUUUGGUAA